UGGAGUCUUACAACCAAAACCAAUGGUACUCGACUCAGACCCCAUUGUUCUUAGAGAUCCAGGCAUCCUCCUCAACAUAAGCACACUGGCAGUACCCUCCAACUCCUCUGAAUCCAUUAGGAAAUCAGAACUUCCAACUUCUUCCAUUCUACCCUCCUCAUCACAUGGGGCAAAUCUAUGUCUCUUGGUUUCAGGCACUAGACACAUUCAACCCUCUUUCUCCCUAUGUGAGCCCACUGAGUCCCUUGGAGAACCUUACACCACAGGAGAGUCCACAAGAUACCCCUCCUCAAUCUCCUCCCGCACUAGAUACUCGAACAAGGCAAGAAUUAGCAGAGAUACUAGCAGAAAUGAGGGCAACGAGGACGGAGUUUUGGUGGCUGAAGGGAAUUCAAUUUUACAACCUAAAAGAACAGUUCGGAAAAAAAUCAUUCUCAAAUGCCCCCCAGAAAUGAUUGAAUGCAGUCUAAAUUUUCGUCAAACAACAAAUCCAGAAAUAGGCAAAUAUGCGAUGGUGAUCAUCCCCACACUACUUCAGCUCACUCCUUCUCUAAGUCUAGGUCAGAUGAUGACUCAGGCAGUCAGUCUGAUGGUUCCACCUCCCAUGAGGGAGAUAACCUCUCCUAACUCUUAUAUGAAUUUCCUAGUAUGGAAUUGUAGGGGGUCACACAAUCUUGAGUUUCAUAGGCAUUUUCGAUCUCUCUUAGAUAAUCACAGGCCAGUGUUAGCCAUUCUACUAGAAACUCACAUGCAAGAUCACACUAGGCUUCGUGAUGACUUUAAUUUUACUAAUAUGUCACAAGUGUCAUCUAAUGGUCUCGUAGGUGGAUUACUUGUUUUAUGGAAUGAAGCUAGUAUCAAUGUUACUGAAAUGAGGCUUUCUCAGCAAGAGAUCCAUUGUGUGGUCCAGGUACCUCCUCCACCAACUUAAUAAUCCGUCUGUCCAACAUGCGUACAGAGAGCAGAAUGUUGUAGCAGACCACCUAGCAAAGGCAGCCAAAUGUUUUGUUCAUACUUGUGAUCCGUAUGUCUAUCCUGUGGCACCACUUUUUGUGAACCAAGCUUUGGAAGCUGAUAAGAAGCACUUUUUGGAUGUAAAUAUAAGCAAAACAACACAUGGCUCUAUUAGCAGUUCCUAUGUAAACAAUAUGCUGCAUGUUAAUGGUAGUAGUAGUAUUAAUGUAGCUUCCUUUAGUAGUAGCUUAAUACAUAGUAGUACUAAUGUAGCUUCGUCUAGUAGUAGCUUAUUACAGUAUGGCACUAAAGCCACUUGUAAUGGAAGGCUAUACCAGCCACUCUCUGUACGCAGUACUUAAAUAUAUAUAAAUAUUAUCUUUUGUACCAAAAAAAAUAAAUCCAACGACAUCUCUCGCAGCACGCGAAGAAAUAGUAUAAGUCAGAAGCGCAUGUCAUUUAAAAUGAGACUUGUCUUACCUAGCCCAUCAGUUACCGAAUUAGUAAAAGGUUACGAAUAAUGCAUCUAAGUUUUACACCGAAUUAUGUAAUUAAAUAUUAAGGGUUCGUUUGGUUACAACGAUUAGGAGGAAGUUAUCCUAUUGAGAUUUUACCUUGUGUCACAGAAUUAAGGGGUCGUUUGGUUGAGAAUUAAGUUAUUCCGGAAUUAAUUAUUCUAGAAUUUUCAUAGGGAUAAAAAAUACUACAAUGCCAAGAUAACUAAUCCGAGAUAAGUUAUACCACUAUUUUAUCUCAACCAAAUAUAAAAUAAGUUCAUUUCAAAUUUACAGGCAAUAUUCCUCUUGUUCUGUUGCCCCUUUUGUCACCUUCCUUACAAUUUCCUUUCUAUCUUUUUACAGACAUAUUCCUCUCUUUUUCUCUGUCUUUCUAUCCUUUCAUGGGAAUCAUCUCAUUUCCCGUGACUUCAAACUCCCAACUCAAAACCCUACUCCUCCAUUGAAACACAACACUAAAAGCUUCUAACUUUACCAUUUCUUCCUGUUAUUUAUCAAUGCACCGUUAUUUCGCUGUCUCUGGCUAGAGAGAA